AUGCAACCGCCGUCCAGCCGGCUGCUGGGGCUGGUGAGCCUGCUCCUCCUCCUCGGGGGCGCAUUCCCCGGAAACGCCGCCACAUACUCCAAGACACCUGCCGGCGGCAACUCGGGGAUGAGAACAGACAGGCUUCAAGACCUUGACAUGGCGGGACGCGAUCCCGUCACGGGCGCGGCUCGUGCCCGAGACGAGAAAAUAACUGCCGGCGUCAACAACCCGAACAGGGACACCGACACGGCCAUAAGAGCCACCGAUGCACGGGAGUCCGGAGUCAACACGGCCAAGGAUUUCCCUGAUCUACAGGGAGGCCCAAGCCAGAGUCAACAGCUUAAGGAGCACAAGAAAACACGGCCGAAUACCGAAACGCACAGAAGGAGUACAAUGGAGGUGUAUGGACAGUCGCCGCCCCCUCCCGCGCAGUUCGGCAAGGGGACUCGCCCCACACACCCCCUAUGGGAUGCCCAGCCCAACGCCGACGGCCGCAUCAACGACCCUGCCACCGGGCAGCCGUACACCGCGGGCCAGCCCGAGAGGCCCGUAUUCCCCGCCAAGAAGCAGACGGGCCGGUUCAAGGGCGGCGACGAGAACGGCCCCAACAGGGAGACGGUGGGUAUCCACCCGCCUGCCGAAAAGGACUCGCUCACCCGGUACCCGCAGCGGCCCCCGGUCAAGCUCUUGGCACUAGUAGCGCGCAUAUAGGGGGCCCGGCGUUGCCCGGAGGCUGGGCUCGUAUUCCCGCGUUGCAUUCUUUGGGUAGGCCCCUCUCCAAAGCGACACAAUAGCUUUUCCCCCCCAAGCGCCACUACAGAUGGGCUUGUGCUCCUCUCUGACGGUGACAGCGGUGAGUUCACGCUUAUCGUCUCCAGGUGUGACGGAACGGCACAGAGUUCCAUCUCUGAUCGACUAGGCACGGGCCGAGCUGCCCUGCCACACCGUUGCCGCAAAUGCCGUCGCGGGGAAACGCACCCGAGCGCCGCCGAUCUUGGCUCAUCGCAAGUGGUAGCUGGUAGACGUGUUUGUUUGGCGGCUUGGCGGGUAUUCCAGCUGCAGUUUUGCUCGAUGCUCCGAGAUUGGGCCAGACUGCUUUGCCGCAGCGAGAUUGGCCUGCCCCUUAAAAG